AUAUUAUAGGAAAGCAUCACUACACAUUCCGAGGACAUAUCAGAAAUAUGUGUAGAUGUGAAAUCAACGGCAGUAGUAAAAUGCUCAGCUGUAGAUUCACCCGCUCGUUAUAUGGAAUUGAGCAGCAAUACUGAUCUGAAUCAACCACCAUCAAAUUGGCUUAGAAGCCAGGCUAAAUGGAAGGGACGAUGGGGACGUUGGGCUUACCCAAGAAGCCAUUCUACAACAUUUUCCAGUUUUCAUCUAGCGCAUAAUUUUCCAGACUGUGUAGGAGAAGUAGAUGUUAUAUCAGAUUCAGAGAAUAUCAAAAAAUUAUUGAAGAUUCCAUAUAGUAAGUCACAUAUCAGCAUGAUGGUUCAUUGCAUUGGUAAAACAUUAUUAUUAGAUGAAUUCGAUGUUCAUAGUCAUCUACUCAGAGCUCAGGUAUAAAUUUUUAUUGCUUUA